GAUUUGUGAGUCUAGCCAGAAAGACAUUCAUAUUCUGCUUCUGCACAGACGGACUCGCUGUUGCUGGUUUGGUUUUAGCUUUCGACGAGUUAUUUUUUAACACAAAUUUUUAGGAUCAAGAUAGCCGUUGUUCUUCUCUCUGUGAUUACCUCACAACGAAAAGGAGAUGUGUAGUUGAUUUGGUGAUUAUAGAAUCCGUUUGAACGAUCGAAAGGUUACUAGUUAUAUCACGUCUCCUGUGAUGAUUACAUAUCAAAGUGAUGUUAUAUGUGCUGUAUGAGGUUCAGUGAGGAUGUGAGGCCUGUUGGACACGGUUGUCGAUUGUUUUCAAGUCGAGAUAAAAGACAUUUAGUCACCUCACAAAAGGGUGUGAGGGGAUUUUCUAAUUGACGAACAAAUUCUUGGAUUGUGCAAGCUUCCACCCCAUUUCGCUUGCUGCCAUGUCUACAUUUGAGCCAGCCGACAGGAACAGUUGGUACUUCGGCCCAAUGUCCCGCCAAGAUGCAACGGAUCUUUUGAUGGCUGAACGAGAAGGCGGAGUCUUCCUGGUACGGGACAGUACCACCAUCAUGGGCGAUUACGUUCUCUGCGUCAGAGAGGAUAGUAAAGUCAGCCAUUACAUCAUCAAUAAAAUCCAACAAGGAGAUCAAACAAGAUACAGGAUCGGUGAUCAAAUGUUUCCCGAUUUGCCCGCCUUAUUGUCUUUCUAUCGGCUCCACUACCUGGACACGACGCCGCUCAUCCGGCCAGCACCGAAACGAGUGGAGAGAGUCGUAGCCAAGUACGAUUUUGAUGGCAGUGACGCGGAUGACUUGCCGUUCCGCAAGGGUGAAAUAUUGACUGUCAUCAGCAAGGACGAGGAGCAAUGGUGGACGGCCAUGAACAGCCUUGGACAAACUGGCUCGAUACCGGUUCCCUACGUUCAAAAGCACGAUGGAACAGAUGGAUCGGUAGGAGAGACUGCCAAUAGGAUUAGCAAUAGCCCGACUUCGCCAAGUGCGGCGCCUCAGCAACAAGACAAAACCAAGCGGCCGGCCAACAUUCAACGCAAGUUGCCCGCGUACGCCCGAGUGAAGCAGGCACGCGUACCUAACGCAUACGACAAGACGGCCCUGCGUCUCGAGGUGGGCGACACUGUCAAGGUGACCAAAAUGCAUAUCAACGGACAGUGGGAAGGCGAACUUCACGGCAAGGUUGGACAUUUCCCCUUUACUCACGUCGAGUUUAUCGAUUCGGAAAAUGCCGAUGAUGGGAUCGACAGCUGAAAAUCAUCAAAGUUU